UUUAGCGUAAACCAAUCAAGCAUUUUAGAAUCGAAACUACUUACACCAAGCUCUCUCAACCAUCAUCAUCAAUGGCGAAAUCAGCGGCGACGGCGACAUCCUCCCUCGUGCAAAACCUCAGACGUUUCAUCAAGAAGCCGUGGGAGAUAACCGGACCCUGCGCUCAUCCGGAGUACCUAGAGUCCGUUCCCAAGGCGACGGAGUAUCGCAUCAGAUGCCCCGCCACGAUCGACGAAGAGGCGAUCGUACCUACCGCGGAUCCAGAGAAUGUAUACAACAUCUUGUACCACGCGAGGGAUCGGCGCCGUAACCGUCCGCAAAUCAGGCGAUACGUAUUGAAGAAGGAGGACGUGGCGCAGAUGAUGAACGAGAAGAAGACGGACUUCCCUAGGGUUUACUUGACGACCACCGUGGAGGAGGAUGAGAACGCUCGCGGCGGAGGCUACGAGUAACGAUCAGGUGAGGAAAUUUCGAUUUCUCGUUGGUUUUCUCUAGUCUCUCUUUCCUGUAAUCUGCUGGUGGGGGGAAGGAUUGCGUGCGAUAUAUCUCCUUGCGGUCAAAAGAUUCUCCCUGGUUUGUUUGUUUAUUUAAUAAUGAUUCUUAGUAGCUUUAUCUACGACAAAACAGUCUUUUCUUUCCUUCACAAGAACCAAAUUGUUGUUCAGUCAUAUUCUCUGUGUUUACGUUCUAUGAUGAACUCAUGUUGAGCUUUUGUCUCUCUCUUUUGUCUAUGGCACACGCAUGUUAUUAGAUACCAUGCCUGGUAAAUUUUGAAACAUUUACCUUUUUUUACUU